AUGGGUCGCCUUCGCCGUUCGAGAGCCCACCACGCACGUAGAGACGUGCACAGAGCGUCUCGUACGAGGGUUCGGACGAAGGACCUGGAUCAGAUCCAGCUAAUUGACUUGGAUCCCAAAAAUCGCGCCAAUCUCGAGGCACAACCAAUUGACUUUGAUACACCUGGCUUAGCGCAGCAUUAUUGUGUCGAAUGUGCAAAAUACUACGAGACAGAUCACGCCUUGCAAUCACAUUGGAAGAGCAAGGUCCAUAAACGACGAUGUAAACAGCUUAGGGAGCCGGCCUAUACGAUUGAGGAGGCAGAACGCGCUGCUGGACUGGGGAGAGAAACCAAAAAAGUAUAA